AUGGGGCUGCCCGUUGAUGAAGAGAGCAUCAAGGUUCGACGUCGACGGUUUCUGCAUCUUCUGUCAAGUGCUUCGGCCAAGUUCGACCAGGCAGCCACUGAGUCCACCAAGCAGUUUGCUGAAGGAGAAGACAAGAGCACUCUUUCUGAGGAGGAGUUCGCGCGCUGGUUCCGGGAACUCUUGAAGGAGAGCAUCGGCAAACACGUGGAGAAGCAGGUCCCAUUGCCAAAGAUGGAGAUGCUCACCGUGAAGGUGAAGUCCCUGGGCGGCACGGAGAAGGAGGUCGAGGUCCCAGCCGACUGCACCGUGUCGAUGCUGGCAGAAGCUGCAGCCGCGGAGCUGGAUCUGCCCUAUGCGCAAACGAAGAUCUCCGUCAACGGAGAGGUGGUGCCGGACUCCGCAUUGCUCUCCAGCUUAGAGCUGGGUUCGGACCCCGAAGUGACCGCGGUGGUCAUGGACACCAUCAAGGUCCGACGACAUGUGUACAACAUGCGUGGAGGUGGUCCAGAGAGACGCGGCUACGCACUGCUUGCCACAGAUGAGGUUGAGUUACCCCCAAGAGCAAAGCUAGCGGAUCACUUGGACAAGCUGGUCCCACAGGAAGGAUAUUCGCACAGACGGCCAGAGGAGUUCGACUUGAAGGCUUUUCAAGCCACUCCCAGUUCGCAAGUGCCCAAGAAAUGGCAAGGCGGAAUGAACGAGGUGGAUGUGGAUCUCGACGCCACUGCUGAACAAGUCUUCGGGGUUGACGGACACGUCGAGCUUUCGGUGCUGGUGCCCAUGCGAGGGCUUGACUAG